AUGGAUUCGAAGGCAUGGCUAACGAGGAUCCUAAUAUUGCUUUUAUGGUGGAAGCUAACAUGCGCCAUCUCCGUUCCCCUAAGGAUUCCUUUAUGUCCCAAGGUCUCCGUUUCCGACGCGAUCUUUGACUUUCUACACUCCUAUUGUCCCAUUCACUCUGAUUUUAGUGAAUCUAUCGAUUUCGUUGGUGUUGCCGAGGGAGAUGAGGUUUCAUUGCAAAAGGCACUUAACAUGGUUCACAAGAAUAGUCAUGAAUAUGUAGCUGUGCUUUUCUAUGCAUCUUGGUGCCCCUUUUCAAGGUCUUUUAGACCAAGCUUCUCUAUCCUUUCUUCUUCCUAUCCUUCCAUUCCUCAUUUUGCCAUCGAAGAAUCAGCUGUCAGGCCAAGCAUACUCUCGAAGUAUGGAGUUCAUGGGUUUCCUACACUUUUCCUUUUAAAUUCUAUGAUGCGUGUGCGCUAUCAUGGAAACCGGUCUUUCGAAUCUCUUGGUGCAUUCUAUAGUGAUGUAACUGGCAUUAAGAACAAAUCUCCGGAUAAAACAUCAGUGGACAAAAUUGGACACUUGUCAAAUAAUGAGGAGCAUAAUAGCACUGAGCAGGAAAGCUGCCCAUUCUCAUGGGCAAGAUCUCCAGAGAAUUUAUUUCGACAAGAGACCUAUUUGGCACUGGCCACCACUUUUGUGGUUUUUAGGUUGCUUUACCUAUUUUAUCCAACUUUGCUUGUAUUAUCUCAGUUCACUCUGAGACGGCUCAUUCGAAAUGUGAAGUUGGGGAGUUUGUUGGAACAUCCUGUGGCCUAUCUGAAACGAGCAAUUCAGUUGUUUAAUUCCCUGAAAGAACCUUGCAAGAGAAGCAACUUGCAAGGCGCAAUGAAUGCUAGAGCAUGGGCGUCUAAAUCCCUUGCCACUGUUUCAAUCGGUGAUGCCAAUACAAGCCGUGCUGUGCCAAUGAGUGGAUCUCGCUAACUCCUUUAGCUUUUGUGGGAUAGGUAUUAGUUUCUUAUAAAAACAGAUUGGCUGCAAUCUCGUGGAAGCUGGAGGAGCUUUUUUGUUUCAGAUUUUUCUGCAAAGCAACUUUAGUGUUUAAUUUGAAUUAUAUUAUUGUAUCUUGACUAGUUAAAUUUUCAUUUGUUAAUAUGAUUGAAACUUCACAUCUUUGCCCAUAAGCGGCACUACGACUUCUAAAUAGGUUUAUACAAUAAGAAACGCAAUGUAUUGACUAUUGGCUCUAUUAAAGGCAUGUUUAUAACGUUCUGUUAAACAAAAGCAGACCUUAAUUUCAUUUGCUAUAUUAUUUUUUGAAGC